UCCUUGGGAUGGCGGCUGUGACUGGCGGUGAAGAGGCUGGGGCAGCUGGGUCUGCAGUGCCUUCCUAAGACGACAGAAUUUUUAGAUUCUCCCCAGGAGAUUGUCAUGGCUCUUCCACAUGUGCAGCCCCCGAGCUUCUUACUGGCGAGUUUGAAAGCGGAUUGUGUGAGCAAGCCCUUCACUCAGCGGUGCCACGACCUGGUGAAGGUGAUUGAGGACUUUCCAGCCAAGGAGCUGCACUGCAUUUUCCCAUGGCUUGUAGAAAACAUUUUUGGCAGUUUGGACGGCAUCCUGGUCGGCUGGAACCUCCGGUGUUUGCAAGGGAGAGUGAACCCCAUAGAGUACAGCAUGGCCAUGGAGUUUCUGGACCCCAGUGGGCCAAUGAUGAAGCUGGUGUACAAACUCCAGGCUGAGGAUUAUAAGUAUGAUUUUCCUGUGUCCUACCUUCCUGAGCCUGUGCGAGCGUGCAUCCAGGAGCGCAUCCUCCCAGAGUGCCCGCUCUACCACAACAAGGUCCAGCUCCCGGCAGCUGGCGCUCAGGGCCUGCAUUUGGCUCUCAAUCCGUUUGAAUACUACAUGUUCUUCUUUGCACUGAGCCUCCUCACACAAAGGAAUUUUCCUUUGUCCGUUCACGUCCGAACUUCCGACUGUGCCUAUUUCAUCCUAGUGGACCGCUACCUGACAUGGUUCUUACCCACAGAAGGAAACGUCGUCCCUCCGCCUUCGACCACUCUGGGUGGCACCAUCCCUUCUCCCACUCCCAGGACCCCCGCUGUACCUUUUACUUCCUACGGCCUGCACCACACGAGCUUGCUGAAGCGGCACAUUUCUCAUCAGCCGUCAGUGAAUGCAGACCCUGCCUCGCAGGAGAUAUGGCGAUCAGAAACUCUGCUCCAGGUCUUUGUUGAGAUGUGGCUUCACCAUUAUUCCCUAGAGAUGUAUCAGAAAAUGCAGUCCCCUCAUGCCAAGCUGGAGGUUCUCCACUACCGACUCAGUAUCUCCAGUAGCCUCCACAGUUCUCCUGCCCAACCCAGCUACCAGGCCCUCCACGCGUACCAAGAAUCAUUUAAGCCCACCGAAGAGCACGUGUUGGUGGUCAGGCUGCUUCUGAAGCACCUGCAUGCCUUCUCCAACAGCCUGAAGCCGGAGCAGGUGUCCCCCUCUGCCCACUCACACACAGCCAGCCCCCUGGAGGAGUUCAAAAGAGUGGUCAUCCCUCGCUUUGUCCAGCAGAAGCUCUACAUCUUCCUUCAGCACUGCUUUGGCCACUGGCCCCUGGAUGCUUCUUUCCGAGCAGUCCUGGAGAUGUGGUUGAGCUACUUACAGCCGUGGAGAUACGCUCCAGAGAAACAGUUUGUGACUGCAGACCCUCAGCCUCGAAGCAUCCCUGAAAAGUGGGCUCCUUUUGUGCAGGAAAACCUGCUGAUGUACACCAAGCUCUUCAUAGGCUUUCUCAACCGUGCCCUGCGCACGGAUCUGGUGAGCCCGAAGAAUGCGCUCAUGGUGUUCCGUGUCGCCAAGGUCUUUGCCCAGCCCAACCUGGCAGAGAUGAUUCAGAAGGGAGAGCAGCUGUUCCUGGAGCCGGAGCUGGUCAUCCCACACCGCCAGCAUCGGGUCUUCAUGACACCGCCCUUCCCAGGGAACCUCCUCUCCUCCUGGCCCCCCGCCGUCACCGAUGCCUCCUUCAAGGUGAAGAGCCAUGUCUACAGCUUGGAGGGCCAGGACGGUCAGUACAAGCAGAUGUUUGGCCCCGAAGUCCGAACCCUGGUGCUGAGAUUGGCCCAAAUGAUUGCCCAGGCCAAACAGACGGCAAAUUCACUCUCGGAUUACUCAAGUGAGAACUCAGCCAACCGGUCCUUUCUCUCCUGGCUGGGAUUUUGCCCCAUUGAUAUGAAUGGUACCUACUGCACUAAUGAUCUCGAUGAGCUGGGCCAGGACAGCAUCAAGAAGACAGAUGAGUACCUGGAGAAGGCCCUGGAGUACUUGUGCCAGAUAUUUCGACUCAGCGAAGCCCAGCUCACUCAGCUCAUGAUGAACGUGGGCGCUGUGCCUGAUGAGAAUGGGAAGAAACAGCUUCCUGACUGCAUCAUGAGCGAUGCCGGACCAGUCCUUACCCCACUCGGCAGAUACCAGAUCAUCAAUGGACUGCGGAAGUUUGAAAUUGAGUACCAAGGAGACACAGAACUGCAGCCCAUCCGCAGCUACGAGAUAGCCCCUCUGGUGCGUCUGCUCUUCCAGGUGUCAUCCACCAUCAACUGCCGGUUCGCAGGCCAGAUGGAAGCCCUCUGCUCACGGGAUGACUUCCUCGGGGCCUUCUGUCGCUUCCACCUCAUUGACUCAUCCCAGGCUGAGAAGACCAGGCUGAGCCCUGUGGUGCCGCACCGGGCCAUCCGCACUUCUGGCCCCCGGAUCAGCCUGCGCUUCCUGGCCAGCUACCAGACGCUGUUCUCCUUGCUGAUAGUUUUCUUCAUUGCAUCCUUGUUUGGCAUCGGACCCAUAGUCUGCACGGUCCUCAUCUUUGUCAUAUACCUUCUGUACGCCAUCGUGAUGACAGUGGUCACUCAGAAGCUGAAACCUCACCAGCGCUGAAAUGGCCAGCAGCAGGCUUAUUGCUUGCCCAGGGACCAGCCUUCCCCCCCCCGCCCGGGCCUCUAGACCUGAGGGCACUGUGGCUCAUGGUUACCACACAUCUUGUAAUGUAUUUUUUUAAUAAUACAGCUGCGCACAUUUGUGAAGCUGCUGUUGUGUCGGGCAGCUGGAAGGAGGGGUAUUCGGCAUAUCAGGCUUGUGUGGACCUACAGGUGCCCUCUGGCAGAGGGCUGACUGGGAGUCCACCUCGUGGCACAUUGGACAUUUCAUGAAGGGUGGGUCUGGGCCCAUGUUUUGUGGGUGUCCUUUUCCUGUAAUGGGCAGCAGGGACCUCAGGACCAAGGAGCCAUCAUGGCCUGCAUUUUACUGGGCAGGGUUGUGGUAGGACAGGAAGACCAGGACCAAGGAGACCUUUGCUUGGGUGAGGUGAUAGCAGCCAGACAGGGGCCGGCUAUUGCUCCUCCUGGCCAUCCUUCCCUUCCUGCUCUGCUUCUUGGGGCAGCGUCGCUCCCCAACCAGCCGUAAUAACCUUCCAAUAGAGGUUUUGAAUGUGCCAGGAGUGAUAGGGACAGGGACAGAGAUGACCCAGGCUCUUCGUUAUCCUCUCAGAUUUUAUCUUUAUAGGGUUCACACUCUUACUUUUGGGUGCUUCUGGUUACUCGGCAAAACCACAGUGAGGUCUCCAUACAUAUUCAAAACCUCUGUGUUUGGGAUCCCUGGGGAUGGAGGGCAGAGGAGGGUUGAACAGCUAGGGGCUGAAGGAUAGACAUUUCCAGCUUGAUAUUGUGCCGGCUGUCCUGACUCUGGGCAGGAGGAGAUCUGGGAGUGUCACAGACUCUUCCUCACUUUCCUUUAUUCUCAGCCCUACCCAGAGGGGCCCCUUCCAUCACCAGGCUGAACCUUGUCUUGUGAUGGUGAUUGUCUGCCCCAUCUUGGAUUUCCCCAUCACAGACCUUAAAAGAGAAACCUAAAACUCAUCACAGGGAAAUCCCAAGCCUGCCAUUGAUUAUCCUCAAAGCUCAGUGUGGCUGAGACAAGGCGGGGUGCCUUCUCUCCCCUCUCCUCCCCUGCCCUGCCUCCUCCCUUACCUGGGGAAGCUGUUUUCCUCAGAGGUUACUGGCCCCUCAUUUUCUUUUGUGGAUAUGAAACCAACAUUGUUCAGGAAGGUGGGCAGUCAUACUUGCACAGGGGAAGGCAGCGGAUGCUCAGCAGCCUUGUCGCCUUCAUAGUAUUCAAGGUGCACAAACCCUGUCUUUACUUCUUUGAAUGUCAUUCCUGGGAGUGCCCCUGAGCAAUCUGUGCAUCAAGCCUGGCCUUUCUGGAGCAUUUAUUUAGAAGCAAUUUGUGGGUGUCUCUGAAGGUGUUCUGGCAAACUCGGCGUAAAGUGGAGUUGUGGUUGAGUGAGUCCUGUUUUCCUAAUGAGUUUCCAUUAUGAAACCAAAGACAUUCUGCUGGAAAAGUUUUGUGCUCAGAUUAAAACAAGAUCAUACUUUGGGUUGUCUGAAACCUUUGAAGUGUGCACUUUGAAGGCUCAGUGACAUCAGUCUUCAAGCACUGCUGGCCUCAUGCCAUUGAAGCUGUUCCUCUGGAGUUUCUUCCAGCCCCAAAAUUGUGUGAAAUCUCGCUUUAGAGCAGCAGCGGUAGAAGUCAUAGUGGACUUGCUGCAAAUGCCCACACCAUCCCUUCCCCUUGGUGGGCAGCGCAGAAUGUCCACUGUCCUUGGAGUCUCCUGUGUCCUCCCAAGGAGUCUAGGUCAGGGAGCACAGUUCUUAAUUUCCAGAUCAGAGUAGUAACAAAGACAAUAGAGAAUCAUAGGGUUUAGAGCUGGCAGGGACUUUGGAGAUGAUCGUGUGUCCACGAUGCCAUAGAAGAGAGGUUAGUUCCCUCUGGUGGUCACAGUAGAACCGUGAUUUAAAUCCAGUUCUUCUCCCGUCCUGCUGCCUCUUGUAAUUCUACAUUCUGUUGAUGUCUUUUCCCGUUUACGUGCUGUUUUCUAACCCCUUCCCAGAUUGAGCACUUCCUUGUGACAAAACAGUUAAGCAAAAACAUUCCAUGCGGAAACCCUGUCUGACAUACAUGGUGUUCUGUCCUGGUCAUCCCCCACCUCUCCCGUGAAGGUGAGCAUAGAAUCAUAGCCUCCUGUCUGGGCCUUCCCUGGCAUCCCCUGCAUCUUUGGCUCUGCAUUAGUGCCUACUCAUCGCACACUUGGCCUUUCUAAGUGGUGCCAUUUCUUUGGUCCCUGUGCGUGCCUCCUUUGCUUACACUUCUUCACUGACGUAAAGAGUCCUAGAACAGGAAACAAAUCAUGUUCUAGGAAUGUUCCUGGGCUGUAAGAAACAAUAUAGAUUGAGAGAAUCGUGGGGAGACUGGGUGAACUGUGUGGCCUACUUGGUCAGGCUCACAUGACAGGCAGGAGCCUUUGUUGUUUUUUUCUUUUUUAAAUUCUUUGUUAGGAGGGAUGGCUAUCUUGGGGGUGGAGGGAUGUGUCUGAAAAUGAAGAUGAUGUAGAAAACAAAGGCUGUCAAUAAAAGCCCCCAGAGGGCUGCUCUCAGAAUUUGGGUCUCUGUGAGUAUCAGUAUUGGGCCUUUGCUUCUUUCUGUCCCUGCCGUCCUUGGAACCCAGGCCCAGCAGAGGCAGAGGCUGGCUUAGUAGUUGGACACUUGGGCGCUCCUCCGACUACAUGAACGUGCCUGUCUUCACAACUCCUCCAGCAUUAAAUGCCUCAUCUUUUGUCAUCUUCACCAGUUUGUGUGGAAUGAGGUAAAAUGCUAGAGCUUGCUUCAUUGAAUAAUUCUCUUAUUGAGAGAGUCUGGUGUAGUGGAUGGAGUCAGUCUUAAAGCCAGGAAGACCUGGGUUCAACUCUUACCUCUGACAUCAUUUAACUUCUCAAGGGCCAGCCUAUGUUGGUAGGAGUUCCCUCAUCUGAGAGUUCCCUAUGCCAGUGAAAUCACAAGGGUGGCUCCAAACCCUUAUUAACGAGAGGGAGAAUGUUUCUAUACGGCCAUUAAUAGUUUGUACCGUUUUCAUCUGAAAAUUUCCAGUUCUUUGAACACUUCUCUUUUGGAAGAUGAUUCUUAGUGUAUUUUGGAUAUCUAACUCUUAUCGGUGAUGUUAAAUGCAAAUACCUUCCCCAUCUAUGUCAGAUUCUCUUCUGGCCAUAUGAAUUUUAUUUGUGUAGAUGCUUUUUUUUAAUUGCAUGUAGUCAGAAGGGUUGAUUUUCUCAUCACACGCUACUCGUGGUUGUGAAAUUUGUCAGUAUCUGAUCCCGUUUCCUUCCAAAUUGUUCAUGAUGUGACAUGUGACCCUUUAUAUUCUGGUCGAUUAUUACUUUUACCAAAUCUAUAUGGCAGUAUUCAUAAAAAAUAUUUGAUAGUGGCUACAAAAUAAACCAAUGAAACAGACUA